AUGGCAGGUUUUCCGGGACUGUUGACAUUCCGCGAUGUGUUCAUAGAAUUCUCUCAGGAGGAGUGGGAAUGCCUGGACCCUGCUCAGCAGAAACUGUACAUGGACGUGAUGUUGGAGAACUACAGGAACCUGGUCUCCCUGGGUCUAGCUAUAGCUAAGCCAGACCUAGUCACCUUUUUGGAGCAAAAGCAGGAGGCCUGGGGAGUGAAGAUAAAGAGGACAGCCAUCCACCCAGAUAUGUCUCCUCAUGACACCCUCGGCUUGUUGCCAAAGCCAGGCAUAGAAGAUUCAUUUCACCAAAUGCUACUGGUAAGAUAUAGAAGGUGUGACCUUGAGAAUUUACACUUAGUGAAAGACUGGGAAUGUGAAGGGGAUUGUGAAGGGCAGAAAGACGGUUAUGAUGGGAAAUUCCCUAUGAUAAAAUCAGUGUUGCCAAAAGAGAUCAAGGAUAUAAAAACAUCUUUGGGAAACUCCCACUUUAAGUCAGUUAUGUUUUCAGAAUAAUCUG